UUGUAAAAUCCCGCCUCCUAACAUUUCCAAAAAUAGGCACCGACUUUACUAAGUUUUGUUCUUUUAAUUUUUAGGCUUAAUAACCAGUAUUUAAAAAAUGCACUAUAUCAAAGAGUGUAUAGAGAAACUUCCGAUUACAAAAACCAAUAAACCAAUAAAACCGAAACAAACAAGUGGUAGUACUAGCAACUCAAAUAUGCUUCUGUAUUGUAAUUAUUACAGUUUCUAUUCACAAAAGGUUUUGAUGGCACUAUAUGAAAAAAAUAUUGAAUUUGAACCCAUAGUGAUAGAAAUCACUAAGAGUGAACAAUAUUCUUCGUGGUUCCUGGAUAUAAAUCCUCGUGGCGAAAUUCCUGUACUCAAAAUAAAUAAUGAGAUUAUCCCAGAUUCGAGCAGAAUAAUAGAUUAUUUGGAAAAGCAGUGCAAACCUGAAUUACAUCCUCUCAUAAAUGUUUCAAGUGAAAAAAAGAUUUUAGAGAAUAUAAAUAAGUUUCGUGAUUUAAUUGAAACAUUACCUAUUGGAGUCAUAACAGUGGGUUCAUUUUGCCAUCCUCAUCUUUGUGGAAGCCCUAAAUUACCUUUUGUGUUACCAGUCCGUGAGGUUCUUAAGACGGGUGACUUAUCCAGUUCAAAAAAUUUGCGAAAAUUGGCAGAGGAGAAUCCUAAAGCUCGAGGAAUACUCUUAUAUAAAGCACAGCUACAUGAUAGAAAACAUGAAAUUCUUUCAAAUGAAGAUGAAUAUCUUAAGGUCCUAAAUAAUGUUGAUCAAGUUUUAUCACACAUUGAAGAACAAUUAAGAAUCCAAAGUGAAGGCAAUUGGUUAUGCUGUGAAAACUUCACUAUUGCGGAUAUUAAUUUAGCAAUUCUACUUCAAAGACUAUGGGAACUAGGCUUAGAAGGAAGAUUUUGGACAGGAGGAAAACGUCCUUUCCUAGAGAACUAUUUUAACCGUGUGAAACAAAGAGAUUCAUUCAAACAAACUAUACCUAGCUUACCAUAUCAUAUAAAAAUGAUUAUAAUGUCCCAGCCUGCUGGUUAUGUGGGUAUCGCAGGAGCUGUAUCUGUUGGAGCUGUGGUAACACUAGUUUAUAUUUUCAAAAGAUUAGUUUUUUGAAGUGCAUCAUAAGCACAUUCAGAAAAAUUAUUAACAUUAUAUAAACAUCAUCUUACUUUUUGUUGUUAUAAUAUUAAUUUUAUUAAUGUAGGCUAUACAUAUUUAACCAAGUACUUACUAAACAUACAAAAAUACCAUACCAAUAAAAGAUUUCAUUAUACCUUAUUAAUUUAACUGAAACUUCAGUGCAAUUAAUAAAAAUUUCAAAGGCCAUCUAAGUACAUAAGUAAAUCUUAUUGAUUUUCUAUAUUAAAUCCUAAUUUUUAUAACUAUGAAAGUGAAAGUUUACUGAUUAGAAUUUGAUUUACUAAUCCUAGAAGUUACAGAGACAACAAUCUAUUGGAUAAAAAAAAACUAUUUUAUGAGUUAAAAAAAAUAUAUUUAACCAAAUAACAGCUAUUCAGCACCACAUUGUUUAAAAAUAUCAACAAAAUUUAAUAAUGAUAAUAAAUUUCAUCAUUGAUGCUCCGAAAAUAGCACAGUGCAUAGUGCACAGUAUUUGACUCAAAUGCAUUGUAAAUUUACUCUCCUCUACUUCCUAUGUGAUGUAAGUAUAUUUGGAAAUGGAAUAAGGCAUACUCCCGCUACUUGCGUCUCGCCGGCACAGCUUGCGGCCUAAGCAAGUACUAUUUAUUACAGACAUUUUCUAACAUAGAGUUCUGCAUCGGCAGAAAGCGGGCGCCCUCACCACUCGCGGCAUUGUUCCUACUUAAUCAUAUUUUUUUAAAAUACAGAUUUUGUUAUUUUUUUCUAAUUUCCUCACAUCAGUGAUGAAAAGUAGUGUUCAACUCAGGAGUAAGCGUUUAAUUACUCCCUUACUCUAUUAGUACUUCACUCUUUUAUAUUUGAAUACUUACAUCUCAUGUUCAACAAUCUACUAUUUAACAAUAAUCAUAAAUUACAGGAAAAAGAGUUAUAAAAUUUGUACAUUCAUCAAUUCUGAUUCAUUAAAUAAUUAAGUUAUACCAAUUUACUUUAUGUAUUUGUGAUACUUAGAUUCUUCAUCUUAGAAAUAAUGUAAAAAAAAUAUCUUAACAUUUAUUAUAACCCCCAAUAAAUACUAUAACUAAUCUAGACUUUAGUUUCACUUCCAAGAGAUUUCCAAUCAUCUUGUAACCCUUCUAAACCCUUCAAUUCACCUUAGGUACUUUAAAGAAAACAAAAAAUUAUUUAACCUUAAAUGUAAUAAAAGUCUUUUAUCUUGUCUCUUCCUCUGCACUUUCUUGAUUUUUAUUUAAAGGCAUUCCCAUAAAAUGUUUCCCAUUGGAGGAACUCAUUCUCUUUCUAUAAAUUGGACCAGUAGAAAUUUUUUCUUUGUUAUAUUUAAAUAUUCCAUCUCCUGGGGAACUGGGUACUACAUUUGGUAAUACAAACCAUACCCUAUAAGUCACAAACCAAGUUAAUAUUGCAAUUACACCACUUAUAAAUUUCUCCACCAUUAUGUGAUAAUACAUUAUUGUGGAGACCAACAUCACAUCCCAAAGUAGUUGAAGUAAAGCAAUUGCAAUUAAUAAUCCUCUUACAUAUGGUGUAAAAUUUUCAUAUGAUAACUUCAAAGUAUCUAAUUCUUCUACAUUUAUGUUUUUCAAAGGAUUAGUGCGAAUAGUUUUGUCAUCAAUACUUCUGCAAUACUUUUCAUCUCGAAUUAAAUCUUUUAUCCCUUCCCAUCCAUUUAUUGCUCUAGCUUCUUCAAUCAUAACUAAGCUUGAGUAAAUUAAAAUGAAACAAUGCCCUGAUAUAUCAAAUCCAUUCCAAAAAUGUCCAUUUUUCAAACAAGUACUUUUAUCUUCAAUUGAUUUCAUAUUGCAACGUCCAUAUUUGGUUUCAAUAUAAUUGAAGAGUGUGGUCCAUAAAUACCAAAAGGUAGUAGCUAUCAACAGCCUUGAUAAAUGGCCAAUAAAUAUUAGCCGUUUUUUGCCACAGCAAGUUGUAUAGGAAGUUAAAAGGACAUAGGGGACAGUUAAAAACAAUGUCCAAAACCAACCAAUUUUGACAAAAUAUUGAUUAAAUACAUUGUCGCUUCUAGAAAAGUAAGACUUGGGAAAAGUCAAAACGUCAGCUAUAAGAGAAAGUAAAAACAGAGCUCCUAAAUACACAGCUAUUUUUAAAUUGGUGUCAAAAAAUAGUAUCUUCUUACAAACGUGCACAAUCAUUAGAGUCAGUACUUCUAAGAUCGACGAAGCUUCACGUAUUGGUUUGGUACCUUUGCUUUCCAUUGACUCAUUUUGGACUUUGAAGUUCAUUCGAGGACUUUUCAAAUUAGCUCGGCUCGUCAUUUUUUAACAUAGGAUUUGCAAAAUAAUUAGUUCUUUUUAUACCAGUGAAAGAAAUCUUAGAACUUCCCUUUUGGUUCUUGUCAUGAACUGUCAAUGUCAAUUUUUAUUUAUAUAGAUUCUCCCUUUUCAGGGAAGGCAAAGGGAACAAUGGCCGUACAGCCAAUUCUUAAGUUAUUUUAAUCUUUUUUUUACAUUACAAUGUUGGUGUGACUCAUACUAAUGUUACUUGGAGUGUUUGGCACGAAAUGUAUCGAGUUGGCUGUUCCGAUAAGCUUCUGUGAAGUAGUCAACACUACAAUAAAGUUCUCACGUCCACUUGACCGGAAUAGCGUAUAUUUUAAAGAUUCCAUAAUCAGACGGUUGUAACACAAAAUCACACCAAAUUUAUUUCACAAUAACCACUAUGGACGAAUUUAAGAAUAAAUAAAAUAAGACGCCAACCGCAGUCGAUGAAAUCCCACAAAAACUCCUGUGAAUGUCAAUUUUUUUCAGUGUUACCAGAAAGCCAUUUCUCCUUCCCCCCAAAGCUUACGUUUACGUUACGUUUUUAAAGAAAAAACCUCCAACAUGCAAAAUAUUUAAAUAAAACCCCAAAUUUGGGGGGAAUCCCCCAUAUCUGUGAUUAUUUGGUUCCGUUCUUACC